AUGUCGGUGUGCCUGUCUCCUGAGGUUAACCGGAUUUUGUUUGUACGCAACCUUCCCUUCAAAAUUUCAGCCGAAGACCUUUUCGAUCUUUUUGGAAAAUACGGAACGAUUAGGCAGAUCAGAAUCGGUUCUGAAAAAGAGACUAGAGGAACGGCGUAUGUCGUUUACGAAGAUAUUUUUGAUGCUAAAAAUGCAUGUGAACAUCUUUCUGGCUUCAAUGUGCAGGGGAGAUAUCUGAUUGUGUUGUAUUAUCAGCCCAUCAAGCAAUUGAAGAAAAUGGAUAUGGAAAAGAAACGGGAACAGAUUGCAUUGCUUCGGCAAAAAUAUGCCCCAAUCCUUGGUUCAUCCACACCCUCAAGCUCCUCAACGUACUCCGGCGAUACACCCCUCAGACAUAUGUAA